UCAGAAGUGGAAAAAUGCAGAAACCCCUGUUUUACAGAGGAGGGGAAUAGAGGUAACCAGGUUAAAUAGGAGUUGGCUUUGUAAACUACUCUGGUAACAGGAAAACUGCGGCUGACACAGGGCUGAAUCCAAGGCUCCCUUAUGAGAGCCCUGGCCACUGGAUCAUGGCAUCAAACUUACCAUUUCUGACAUUCCAAUCGAGAGAAAUAAAGUAAAUUCUUUUUCUAAUAGCAGUUCUAUUUGUGUUAGAAUUUUAAGGUGGCUCUCUAAUUAGUGGUUGAGGGAAAUCAAUGUAGAACUGUAAUUUGCUUGAGCUCAGAUACCUUUGCUCCAAUUUUUGUAUUAGUCCUGUAUAUGCACUAAUUUAAAAAAGAAAAAAAGCAAAACACGAUCUGAAAUUAGGCACGGUCACCUUUUUCCUUGUUUUUUUUUCACUAGAGUUAUCUGAUUUUCUGUGAAGGGGAAAAAGAGGUGAGCUGCUGUAUUUCUUUUGGAAGCCAAGCACAGCAUUCAUAUAUUUUGCACUGUUGAUUUCAUUUUUUAAAUUUUCUGGUAACUCAUUCUGCAAACAGUUGGAGUCAGCAAGAGCAUCUUUGCAUGCUGCUUGUGAGUGACUUGGACAUAUCUGUAGCAGCUGGAGGCAAGAAAUGACUUUGGUUCUUUUGUCUGUGUUGGAAGUUACUCCAUAAAAGUGUCAGAGAGAAGCUACACUGAAGGUGAUGAGCUGAAGUUAAUCCAAUGUCAGGAAACACAUCCACUGUUGAACCAGGCUGUCAGGCUGCUCCUCUGGGCUGUGGAAAGGUAUAAGGAAAUGCUAGAUCUAGUGAUAUCACCCAGCCUGACUGUAAAUAGAGAGUGCCCUGACAGACUGAAGCUUAACCUUUCUCACAUUUAUGCCACGGCUCCAGAUGACAUAGAAGGCAGCAGCAAAGCAGCACCGCAGUGUCCUCUCCAUCUGUACACCACAAAACAUUAUCCCCAUAUAGUGACAGUCCCGUCCUUCCCCACGAUGGCAGCCUAUGGACAGGCUCAGUACAGCACGGGAAUCCAGCAGGCUGCUGCCUACACUGCCUAUCCCCCCCCGGGCCAGCCCUACGGAAUCCCCUCCUACAGCAUUAAGACAGAGGACAGCCUGAGCCACUCUCCAGGGCAGAGUGGCUUCCUCAGCUACGGCUCCGGCUUCAGCGCGCCCGGGGCGGGACAGGCGCCCUACACCUACCAGAUGCACGGCACAACAGGGAUUUACCAGGGAGCCAACGGCCUGACAAAUUCUGCAGGAUUCAGUGCUGUGCAUCAGGAAUAUUCCUCGUAUCCCAGCUUCCCUCAGAGCCAGUACUCUCAGUAUUACAGCUCGUCCUACAACUCCCCAUACGUGUCUGCCAACAGCAUCAGCCCCUCGGCCAUCCCCACCUCCACCUACUCCCUGCAGGAGUCUUCCCACAACAUCACCAGCCAGAGCACAGAAUCACUCCCUGGGGAAUAUUCAACAACACCAGCAAAAGAUGUAGAGACAGACAGACAUCACAGAGGGUCAGAUGGCAAGGUACGAGCCCGGUCAAAAAGAAGCAACGAUCCUUCCCCUACUGCUGACAGUGAGAUUGAGCGUGUGUUUGUAUGGGAUUUGGAUGAGACGAUAAUUAUUUUUCACUCCUUACUCACGGGAACCUUUGCAUCCAGAUAUGGGAAGGACACCACAACCUCUGUGAGGAUAGGUCUCAUGAUGGAAGAAAUGAUCUUCAACCUUGCAGAUACACAUCUGUUCUUCAAUGACCUGGAGGACUGUGACCAGAUCCACAUAGAUGAUGUAUCAUCAGAUGAUAAUGGUCAGGAUCUAAGCACGUACAACUUCUCUGCAGAUGGCUUCCACAGCUCCACUGCCAGUGCAAACCUGUGCCUGGGCUCGGGCGUCCACGGCGGGGUGGACUGGAUGAGGAAAUUGGCGUUCCGCUACCGCCGGGUCAAAGAGAUGUACAACACCUACAAGAACAAUGUGGGGGGUUUAAUAGGAGCUCCUAAGAGGGAGACCUGGCUGCAGCUGAGAGCAGAGCUGGAGGCUCUGACUGAUCUCUGGCUCACCCAUGCUCUGAAGGCCCUGAAUUUGAUACAUUCCAGGCCCAACUGUGUGAAUGUGUUGGUCACCACAACUCAGCUUAUACCAGCUCUGGCUAAAGUGCUUCUCUAUGGGCUGGGCACUGUCUUCCCCAUUGAAAACAUUUACAGUGCGACAAAAACAGGGAAAGAGAGCUGUUUUGAAAGAAUAAUGCAGAGGUUUGGAAGGAAAGCCGUGUACAUUGUAAUAGGAGAUGGUGUUGAAGAGGAACAGGGAGCAAAAAAGCACAACAUGCCCUUCUGGAGAAUCUCCUGUCACGCUGACCUGGAAGCUCUUCGGCACGCCUUGGAACUUGAAUAUUUGUAGCAAACCCCAACAUCUGAGCACUGGGAGGGCUUCACUCAGACUCUUACAUCGGUUCCACCUAUUCCUCAAGGUUUUCUUCGUUAAAAAAAAAAAUCCCACAGCAACUGCAGUUUUUCUUUUUCUUGAAGGAGAACCCUUUCAGUGGAAGCCUUUAAGAACUUGCAGCCAAAGAAUAUUGUCUCAAGUCCUCCUUCCUUUGGACAGAGGAAAAUGCUCCUGAUCAGUCACUGGGAUGCUGCAGUUGCUGGCUGAGGUGGAGGCACAGAGCUCUAAUGGCCUUUUUGCCAUCAGCAAGGCAAAUGCUACAAGUCUGGGUCUCCCUGACAGCAUUCUUGGUUUUCAAAGGGGCAGAGGACACAGCAAGGAGUCUCUGCACAAUCCAUCACAUCACACAGGACCUUCUGAAAAUAGGAGUGAAACUGUUGAUUUUUUUUUGUUGUUGUUUUAUUUUUUUGUAUUUUUUUAAUUUAUGAACUAAUCUCAUUACUCUGGUAUUAAGCUCUGUACCUGUUUUUCAUCUGAUUUUUGGGGGUUGGGAGGGGUGGGGAAAGUCUUACUGUUCUAAGUUAAUAGUUCAUUUCUCCAGAACAAACUCUGGGGAGAAUCAUAUUGUGUACAGGAGUAGUAAGGACACGUGGUACUGCUGGUAAGAACUGUGGCUGUGGUUUUGAAGCUCACCAAGAGGGUACAUGGACUGUGCCUGUGUCUACACGGUGCCUUAUGCUGCCUUCUUGGGGCUGAGGAUGGGGGAAAGUACCUUGUGAUGAGUGAAAGGCAUUAAAUAAAAACAUGUUUACA